AUGGCUGAACUCUCCCCGUGUGCUAGAAUCCCUCUGAUAAUCUUCCUCACCCUCAUCAGCAUCUUUGCCAUCCUGGGCAACGGUUUGGUUCUGCUAGCCUGGCUGUUUUACAAACCGGUCAGAAAACCGCAGAAUAGUUACCUCCUCUCCCUAGCAGGUGUGGACCUUUUAGUCGGCCUCUUCCUAGCGCCGACCAUGAUUGGAGAGCUUGGCUGGCACCCCUGGCCCUGGGGUAGGGAAUGGUGCCAGAUUUACCUCCUCGGCGACUGGCUGCUGACCAUGUCGUCGGUCCUGCACCUCAUCGCGAUCAGCAUGGAUCGAUACCACGUGAUCUUUGACACCCUGACGUACACGAGGAGACGCACCUUCCCCUUCUUCGCGAGGAGGAUCUGCUUCCUCUGGGCGGUGACGUUGUGGCUGAUCGCGCCAUUAAUGCGAGAUUGGGGGGGAAUGGGGGACCGCAGUGUGCAGAUAGGGAUGUGCUUGUCGAAUAUUUCGAGGGAGUUAAGUGUCCACGUGGCGUUUGGAAGUUUCGUUGUACCGGUGGCGCUACUGGUCGGGGGAGGCAUCGAUGUGAAUAAGGAGAUAGCGACGUACUCGACUUGCAAUGGGAAAUCGGUCGUUUUCCCGCCAGAAACGGUGACAAAAGGGGUUUUGGCCGCGGCGAAUUGUUUAAUGGUGGAGGAUGAAUUUUAUGCUAAACUCUGCGUCUACCGAAACAUGGAUGGUCCCAUGAAUGGAAAUAAGCUGAAUAAGGCCUGGAUGAAGAAGGAGGGGAGGAAGACAUCCAUGGGAGAUGAGGAUGCGAAGGAUAAAAUCAUCGCGGGAGUGGAUAAAUGUUUGAAAGAUGAUGCGGAUAUGAUAGAGGUGGAUGGGAAAUGCCCAGCGUUUCAGAAAGUAUACGAUUGUAUGCUUCGGAAUUAUGAGGUCAUUUGUAAGGGGAAGAAGGAAUGA